GUGCCGAGUCAGGGGCUUUCCCGGGUUCUACAUACAAUUCGAUGCAUGAAUGUUUCGACCAGAUAAGGACCGCAAAGAUCAACUCCAGGUCCGUUCGGUAUUAUAGUUGAGCUAUCUCAGCUACUACAUGCUAAGUACCGUAGGAUCUCCAGGGCUGAUUACACCGUGUAAAAAAUUGCGAAAUGCCUUGUAAAUAACCGGCCAGGUAGCUAGGCAUUUCCAAAUCUACGGCUGACAAGGCCGUCGAACGUUGUCUGAUCGACGAACCAUCUUCCCUUGUUCUUCUCAUUCAGGAGAACUCUUAUGUUUAGGAUAUUGGGAUAAUAUUAGCUAUUACUUAAGUACGUGAUCACGCUGUGCCUCAAUAUCUCGUGAGAAUUCCCUCGAAUACAAUUGCUUCCUUACACUCCUUUAUCAACACUUGGUCUAUCAUCAACCUUGGUCUGGUCUCGACCAUCAUAUGCAAAGAUGUGGGCUCGCGACAGUUUACCCCCGGCGAUGAUCGUCUUCCUCGUACUGGAUAUCAUUGCAGUUGGCCUCCGAAUAUUCGUUCGAACGCACAUGAGCAAAUCUUUCGGUUACGAUGAUUGGGCUAUGUCUAUCGCCCUGGCGGGCUACAUCGUUCUCUGUGCCCUCACAUUCAUAUCGCUAGAGAAUGGUUACGGGGCGGACACAGUCGAGCCUGGGUGGGACGUUCAGAAGGGAGUCAAGUUCUUUGUCGCCUCAACAUUAGCGUAUGUCAUUGUGGUCUUCAUCGCCAAGGUCAGCGUGGCCCUGGUUCUGUACCGAAUUGCCGUCACAAACAAGCCAAUCCGAGCGCUUCUUAUCGCUUCAAUCGUCAUAUUAACGCUAUGGACCAUCGUAACGACCCUCAUUGUCGCCUUCCAAUGCACACCCCUCUCAGUCGCCUGGGGUGAGGCCACCGGAACCUGCCUACCGGCGUAUGUCUUAGCAAAUACCGGCUACUCCAUUUCCGCCAUGGAUAUCGCAUCUAGUUUCUUAUAUGCGGGUCUCCCCAUACUUCUGUUGAAGGGAGUGCAACUUAGUGACCGGAUGAAGGCAUCGGUCAUCAUCGUCCUCGGAUUGGGCAUUGUGAGCUCCAUCGCUACCGUCAUUCGACUGAAGUAUCUCCUCGACGUGGGCAAACUGAAGUCCGCCACAGGUGUCGAAGCAGCCAACGCUUAUCUGACCACAUUCGUCUACUCGGUAACGGAACUAGGGUUGACCUUGUUCACUGCGUCGCUUGCUGCGUUGCGGCCGUUGUUGAAGUACGUUCCCUUUGGAAACGACACGACGCAAGGAUACUCGCAGUCGAAGAAGACGAAGAAGUCGGAGCUGCGCUCAAACAUGGGACCUGCUGUCAAGCUCGACGACUUAGAUACUACGCCCAGUCAGGAGCAUAUCAUACCGCAAAAGGGUAUUCAGAAGGAGACUCAAUACCGUGUCGAAUACACGAAUGUCUAGAAUAUGACCGACUGGUG